AUUCAAGCAUUUGGUGCAAUAUAUUCAUCAAACCUUGCUGUCUUGCAGAUUCCACACUUGAGACCAACUGAGUAUAAGAGAUCCAGAUUAUCUAGGAACAGGAGGACUGUGAACCGUGCCUAUGGUGGAGUAUUGUCUGGAAGUGCAGUAAGGGAGAGGAUUAUUCGAGCUUUCUUGGUGGAAGAGCAGAAAAUUGUGAAGAAGGUUUUGAAGAUCCAAAAAGCCAAAGAAAAGCUGGCGGCCAAGAGCUAAGCUGAGAGUUUAGAGGGACUUUAUUUUAAAUUUUGGUGAAAUUUUGACAUUCAAGUGUUUACUAGUUGUGCACUACAAAUUGACCUGAUUGCUGCAGCUUUUGAGGAGCAUUUUGCUUUAGUUGAUUAUAUCCGACUUCAUUCCCCAUUCUAUAUAAAUUGAGUUGUCAAUCUUGUCUUAAUUUACCUAAUAUAUCACACAAUGGUUUCAUCUGGC